GGAACCUGUUCAGGAGCAGAGUUUAGUUUCACGAAGCAAGAAACACCGAGACACCGAGACAUGGUGGAUCCUGCAGGCUGAGGAUCAGGAUCAGGUCUGAGGAUCAGGUCUGAGGACCAGGAUCAGGUCUGACCAGGUCUGACCAGGUCUGACCCACCAACACCAGAGUCUCUACCUGGGGAGAGAUCCAUCACGAUGUCGGCCUCCUCGUCCCUGCUGAGCCGAGGUCUGGGUCUGGUCCUGGUGGAGUUCGAGUACCAGUACCAGGACCGGGACGGGGUUCCGGUCUCCAUCAAGCCCCACGAGCGCUACGUCCUGGUGGCCAAAACCAACGACCACUGGUGGCAGGUCCGGGCCGACGGCGGCUCCAGAACCUUCUACAUCCCGGCCAAGUACGUGAAGGAGCUGCCGCUGGACCUGCCGUCCCCGCUGGACUUUACCGACGACGGGACCGGUCCAGGCCCGGUGCCGGUCCCCGUGGUGGCCCCGGUCCCGGUGCCGGUCCCCGUGGUGGCCCCGGUCCCGGUCCCGGUCCCGAAACCCUUGGAGGAACCCAACGGGAACCAGACCAGAACCAAAGCGGGCGACGAGGUGAAGAUCCGCUUCAGACCCGAGAACUCUGGUACCCGGUACCGCAAGAACGAGAACCGCAUGUCCACGUUCGGGGUCCCGCUGGACUGGACCCAGCUGGCUGGUCCUGUGGACACCGUUACCGCGGCGACAACCACUGUUACCGCGUCAACCAGUCUGGAGGACGUCAGGAAACCGGCCCCCCUUCCGGGUCUGGACCACAUAGUUCCCAGCUUCAGUCCGGCAGACCCGAGGCUCGGAUCCAGGUCCCAGAACCAACCGAUCCCGGUGGAGACGCCGGUGGUCCCAUCAGACCUCCACCCGGUCCCGUCAGACCUCCACCCGGUCCCGUCAGACCUCCACCCGGUCCCGUCAGACCUCCACCCGGUCCCGUCAGACCUCCACCCGGGUCCCUCCAGAGACCAGCUCCACCCAGGAGACCAGCUCCACCGACGGGGCUCCAAGGACCUCCUGGUCCCCCAUGAGGACCAGCUACGACCAGGAACCCCGUCACCUCCUGAGGAGGAGAGGAGGGAUAAAGAGAAGGAGGAUAGGAAGGAGAAAGAGAAGGAGCGACGGAAAGAGGAAGAUUCCAACCACAUCUACGAGUCCAUCCUGGACCUGGGACUGGAGGGUCUGGUGGGGGGACCGAGGAGUCCAGGACGGCAGAGUCCAGGACAGGAACCGGAGUCGAAAACUGCUGCACCCACACCGCCCAAUGCCCAGGACGGCAGCUCUCCCAUCUACGCUAAUGUGUCCUCCGUGAGGAAACCCCCCCCCCAGAUCUCUGGUCCAGACCCCCCAUCACCUCCAGACCCCCCCCUCCGGGAUCCAGGCCCCCCCCUCCGGGAUCCAGGCCCCCCCCUCAACGCUCCAGACCUCCAGAGUCCAGACCUCCAGAGUCCAGACCUCCAGAGUCCAGACCUCCGUCCUUCACCUUCAUCCUCCUCUUCCAGCAUGAUGAGCCCUCAGGACGGAUGGCAGGUUCACACCGACCAGGGAAGCGGGAAGCUGUUUUACUACCACGCGGUGACGGGACAGACGACCUGGUCCAGCCCAACAUCGCCCUCUACAGGUGACCCGGAACCCGGGACCUCGUCCACGUCCUCUCAGGGCUCCAGCUGGGAGCAGCUCCUGGACCAGGUCUCAGGGAGGGUUUACUACUACAACCCCCAGACCGGAGCCACGGCCUGGGAGAGACCGGAUCCACCGGAGCCACCGGGGAGGGAGCCCCCGCUCAGCCCGCCUCCUCUACCAGCGGAAGAUUAUCCUGUACAUGGGGUUGGUAACCAUGACGACGCCGUCUUCACAACGGUACGAGCCGAGCAGGACCCGAGCAGCCGGCAGGAGCAGAGCAUGAUGGGAAACGGAGUGUCGGACGAGGAAGCGGGGCCUCAGGUGAAGAACUGGAGACACAGCUUAGUGGAAGAGAUUGUCACCUCUGGUCUUCGCCGAGUCGCCUCUGAUCUCAGUGAUGGGAAGAAACCCAGCAGCCCCCAGCUCUCUGAUAGGUUCAGGCUCAGGAGGAAUCUGUCCAAUCAGAGCUCAGGCCCCGCCCCCCGGCACCACAGUUUCCACCUGCUGGAGAAAGCUGGAAUCAUCAACAAGACCAAGGUGGUCGACAACGGGAAGAGGAUCCGGAAGAACUGGUCCCAGUCCUGGACCGUCCUCCACGGGGGGAUCCUGACCUUCCACAGGGACCCCAAGUCCACCCCGGCUGGGAACCCGACUAAGGCGUCCCACAUCGUCCCAGAGUUCACGGUGGAUCUGAGAGGAGCAUCGUUGGACUGGGCCGGCCGGGACAAGAGCUCCAAGAAGAACGUGCUGGAGCUGAAGACGCGUCAGGGCUGUGAGUAUCUGAUGCAGUACGACACCGACAGCAUCAUCUGUGACUGGAUGAAGGUUCUGAAGGACGCCAUCGGACAGCUGGAGCAGGAUCACCUGAGUGAGGACGAGGACUCGGACCGGGAGGACAAGGACAGGAAGAGGACAUCCACCAGAAGUUCCUCCGGUUCCGACUCGGAGCAGCGGCGGGUUCGGACCAAACUGAGACGUUUCCUCCAGCGGAGGCCGACGCUGCAGAGCGUCAAGGAGAAGGGAUACAUCCGAGAUAACGUGUUUGGCUGCCACCUGGACACGCUCUGCCACCGAGAGAACAACAACAUCCCCAGAUUCGUGGAGAAAUGUAUCCGAACGGUGGAGAGGAGAGGUCUGGACGUUGACGGGAUCUACAGAGUCAGCGGGAACCUGGCGGUCAUCCAGAGACUCCGGCACAAGGCUGACCACGAGGAAGACCUGGACCUGGAGGACGGCCAGUGGGAGGAAAUCCACGUGGUCACCGGAGCCCUGAAGCUUUUCUUCAGGGAACUUCCAGAACCGCUGUUCCCCUUCAGCGCCUUCGACAAGUUCAUCGCUGCCGUCCAGGUUCCAGACCAGACUCUCAGAGUUUCCUACAUGAAGGAUCUGGUCCGGUCUCUGCCGCUGCCCAACUACAGGACCAUGGAGCUGCUCUUCAGACACCUGAACAGGGUGGUGGAGCACCGGGACCAGAACCGGAUGUCGGUCCAGAGUCUGGCCAUCGUGUUCGGCCCGACGCUGCUCGGACCCGAGACCGAGUCCAACAUGACGGUCCACAUGGUCUUCCAGAGCCAGAUCGUGGAGCUGAUGCUCCUGCACUUCCAGACCGUCUUCUCCGAGCCCUAGGGGUCCAGGACCAGGACCAGGACCAGGACCAGGACCAGGACCAGGACCAGGACCAGGACCAGGACCAGGACCAGGACCAGGUCCAGGACCAGACCGUCUUCUCUGAGCCCUAGGGGUCCAGGACCAGGACCAGGACCAGGACCAGGACCAGGACCAGGACCAGGACCAGGACAAGGACCAGGACCAGGACCAGGACCAGGACCAGGACAAGGACCAGGACCAGGACCAGGACCAGGACCAGACCGUCUUCUCUGAGCCCUAGGGGUCCAGGACCAGGACCAGGGCCAGGACCAGGACAAGGACCAGGACCAGGACCAGGACCAGGACCAGACCGUUUUCUCUGAGCCCUAGGGGUCCAGGAGGACCAGGACCAGGACCAUAGACCUCCAGAACUAGAGAACUCUGACUGUCUCCAACCAUCUCUGGAACGAUCCAUAAACCCUCCAGAACCCUGACCUGGUUUUGGAACCUGGACCUGGUUUUGGAACCUGGACCUGGUUUAGGAACCUGGACCUGGUUUUGGAACCUGGACCUGGUUUAGGAACCCUGACCUGGUUUAGGAACCCUGACCUGGUUUUGGAACCCUGACCUGGUUUUGGAACCUGGACCUGGUUUUGGAACCCGGAUCAGGAUUUUCUUGCCUCUUUUUUAAGACAAAACUCUUUAAAACGUUUAAACCUUGAACUCCAAGUAUCUAAUGAGGAGGAAACAAAGUUCUGACCCCCCUGAGUCCUGCAGAAGCUUCUCUGAACAGGUUUGGAUCCGUUUCUGGGGAACGUGGACCUUCUGGUCCUUCUGGACCUUCUGGACCUUCAGGACCUUCUGGACCUUCUGGACCUUCUGGACCUUCUGGACCUUCUGGAAGCUGAACAUGAUCUUUGUUUAAACUGUUGUGGUGACGGACGUUUACCAGGACUUGAGUCUUCUGGCAUUCUUUUUUCUGAAACCAGAGCGUCAGAAGAAAUGGUUUAUUUUGGUUUUAAGACCAAAGAUGUAACUGAGAAACAUCUACUAGAGACUUCCCAACCAUCUCUAACCAUCUCUAACCAUCUCUGACCAUCUCUAAACAUCUCUAACCAUCUCUAACCAUCUCUAACCAUCUCUAACCAUCUCUAACCAUCUCCAACCAUCUCUAACCAUCUCUAAACAUCUCUAACCAUCUCUAACCAUCUCUAAACAUCUCUAACCAUCUCCAUCUCUAACCAUCUCUAACCAUCUCUGACCAUCUCUGACCAUCUCUAACCAUCUCUAACCAUCUCUAACCAUCUCUAACCAUCUCUAACCAUCUCUAACCAUCUCUGACCAUCUCUGACCAUCUCUAACCAUCUCUAACCAUCUCUAACCCUAACCCUAACCAUCUCUAACCAUCUCUAACCAUCUCUAACCCUAACCCUAACCAUCUCUAACAUCUCUAACCAUCUCUAACCAUCUCUAACCAUCUCUAAACAUCUCUAACCAUCUCCAUCUCUAACCAUCUCUAACCAUCUCUGACCAUCUCUGACCAUCUCUAACCAUCUUUAACCAUCUCUAACCAUCUCUAACCCUAACCCUAACUAUCUCUAACCAUCUCUGACCAUCUCUGACCAUCUCUAACCAUCUCUAACCAUCUCUAACCCUAACCCUAACCAUCUCUGACCAUCUCUAACCAUCUCUAAACAUCUCUAAACAUCUCUAACCAACUCUAACCAUCUCUAACCAUCUCUAACCACCUCUAACCAUCUCUGACCAUCUCUAACCAUCUCUAACCAUCUCUAACCAUCUCUAACCCUAACCCUAACCAUCUCUAACCAUCUCUAACCAUCUCUAACCCUAACCCUAACCAUCUCUAAACAUCUCUAACCAUCUCUAACCAUCUCUAACCCUAACCCUAACCAUCUCUGACCAUCUCUGACCAUCUCUAACCAUCUCUAAACAUCUCUAAACAUCUCUAACCAACUCUAACCAUCUCUAACCAUCUCUAACCAUCUCUAAACAUCUCUAAACAUCUCUAACCAACUCUAACCAUCUCUAACCAUCUCUAACCAUCUCUAAACAUCUCUAACCAUCUCUAACCAUCUCUAACCAUCUCUAACCAUCUCUAAACAUCUCCAAACAUCUCCAAACAUCUCCAACAUCUCCCAUCUCUGGCCCUGGACUGGUUUUGAACCUUCAUUCAGCCGUCGGAGCUCCAGACUGAACCACACGGAUCUUCCUGGACUCUAAAUAUCGUCACCUAGGGUUUUGGUUUUUUACUUCCAUUGAAUCCUGUAAUCUCAGUAAGUUAUUGGUGUUUUUAUUUUGGUGAAUCUGAAUAUCUGGCAGCCAUGAUGCUUCAUGUCCAGUUAGUUUACUCCCCCCGGACACUUCCGUGAUGCUAACCUGCUAACCUGGUCCAGCUCUUCAGGCUGAUGUUUCAGAGGAAACUCCUCCCUUUCAUUUAAUAAAAACACAGCAAUCUAAAGCUCUGGAUCCGACAUUUACUGAAGCCUCAGGCAUCAACCUGCUAACGAGCAGAGCUGUAGAGGGAACGUUCACGACGUCACAGACGAAACUUCACAGCAGGGAACGUUCACGACGUCACAGACGAAACUUCACGCCGGGUUAAACCACUGAAUGAAUAAAGACUGGAAAACAUCUAAAACGUGAAAGAGCGUUUGUGCGAUCGACUGUUCUCAUAGAUUUAGCAGGAAAUGUGAGUUAUCACCACCAGCAUCUUCCAGGGGAACCUGAACAAAACCAUCUUUAUCUUUGUCCAUAUCUUUCCUGCGUUGUGUUCAUUUGUGUUAAAAAUACCGAACAAAGUUGGCCUGGUUUCUGUACAUAAGAGGGUGUUUUACUGACUUUUAUUGAGAAUUAAACUGAUCUGACGGACGGAAACAGAAACUGUUGUCUUAUAUAUUUUCGCCUUUUUAAACUUGUUUUUUUUGUAUUAAGGAAACAUGUUCUUGUUACACUGAAUGUAUUUGUGAGCAAAAGAAUUAAACAUGAAUAUAAUGAG